GUCAGUUACAGCAAAGCACUUGUAUUCUUUCUUAAUCAAUAUUCAGAGGAUUUCUUCAAACUGCCUUAUCUGGUUUAAGCUUCUUUUAAUGGCAAGAUGAGUGUAGCUGAGAAAGUCUGUGUUUUUGUCUUUCUCUUACAAGGUGUUUGCUGUAGACAGAACAGCAUCAGUCUGCCAGAGAAGAUUGAAGCUCUCAGUGGAUCAUGUGUGAUCAUAAAGUGCACAUUUGAGAUUGAGGAAAACAUGGACAAAUACCUCACUGAGAGUGAUGCUACAGGAUUGUGGCUCAAAGAUGGAACUAAUAUGAAUAACAAUCAAGUGUUUAACUCCAGAGAUCCCAAUAAUCGCUUUAAAGGGGAAAUAACUGGAAAACUACAUGAGAAGAACUGCACCACUGUCUUUUAUGAUGUUGGUUCAAAUCAUAAUGGUAAAUAUUACUUCAGGAUUGAGAGUGGUGCUCUGAAAUACACCUUCUACAUGAACACCUCCACUAUAAAUGUCAUUGGUGAGUGAUUUGAGCCUUUUAUUGAUAAAUUAAUCUGUUAAAUGAUUUUUUUUCUUACAUUUUUUGUCAUGUCAAUGAAUGCGGCAUUUAAAGUGACUAUUUUUUGUGAAUAUAUGGCAUAAUUUCCCCUCAAGUUCACACAGGUGUCUUAUCAGAGUAUCCACAAAAUGGUGAAUAUGUUCCACUAACAUCAACAUCACAAUUAAUGUCACUUUGUUUAUUAUUUUGUUAUCUUUAUCUACUCCAUGCACAUAUAUAACUGUCCAAAGAUCCUUUUGGGGGGACAGUGUGUAUGUGCAGUAUAGAGUAUUUCCAAAUAUAUUCUUCUAUAACUUA